CUCUCUCUCUCUCUCUCAUCCAUCGUGCCGUCCUCAAUCUCUCUCUCUCCCACGAAAAUACGUUUUUUUUUUGAAAUUUUUGAAUUUUCAAAAUCCGUCCGGCAUGGCAAAUGCAUUCCUAUUGUUUUCAGUGUCCUUUAUAUUUCUCUUUUCUCUCUCUCUCUCCAUCUAAUGCUCUCAUACAUUGAAACAAAUGGCUUCCAGUUCUACAGUCAGAACGACGUCGUUGUGCUCCCACAGAGCUGACAGGCAACAGCAGCAGCAACUUCCUCCUCCUCUUGUAUCUUCUUCUUCUUCCAAUUCUGGUUCCAGAAACGGGUCACAGCAGAAUAACCAUUACUCUCUUCGCUCCAAGGCUCCGGCUUCUUCACGGCGCUCUGUUACGCCUACUUCCCGUUCUCACUCUUCUCACCAAGACGACGAUAAUGAUCCUGUAAGAGUGAGAGUUGCUGUCAGACUACGACCAAGAAAUGCUCAAGAUCUUAGUUUGGACUCUGAUUUUUCUGAUUGUGUCGAACUGCAGCCAGAGCUGAGAAGGUUGAAAUUGAGGAAAAACAACUGGAGUUCUGAAUCUUACAAAUUUGAUGAAGUAUUUAGCGAAACUGCCUCUCAAAAGCGUGUGUAUGAAGCAGUAGCAAAACCUGUUGUUGAGAGCGUAUUGAAUGGAUAUAAUGGGACAGUUAUGGCUUACGGUCAGACAGGUACUGGGAAAACUUAUACAGUUGGCAGAUUGGGGAAAAAUGAUGCAUCUGAGCGGGGUAUCAUGGUUAGAGCUCUAGAAGACGUAAUUGCUAAUGUAAAUCCUUCUUCAGAUAUUGUUGAAAUCUCCUAUUUGCAGUUAUAUAUGGAAUCUAUACAGGAUUUGCUUGUGCCGGAGAAGAUUAAUAUCCCUAUUAAUGAGGACCCAAGAACAGGGGACGUGUCAUUACCUGGUGCUACAGUGGUCAGAGUUCGUGACCUUGAUCAUUUUUUUGAGUUAAUGCAAAUUGGAGAGACAAAUCGACAUGCUGCUAAUACAAAGCAGAAUACAGAAUCUUCACGCAGUCAUGCAAUUCUCAUGGUUUAUGUACGAAGAUCCAUCCAUCAAAAAGUAGAUGAAAUCAAUGCUCAAGGUACAAUGACUGAUUUAGUUGGUGGCAAUGGCAUUCCUAGAGUUAGAAAAAGCAAGUUGCUCAUUGUUGAUCUUGCUGGAUCUGAAAGAUUAGAUAAAUCUGGCAGUGAAGGUCGCUUGCUUGAAGAGGCUAAGUUUAUUAAUCUUUCUCUAACUUCCCUUGGCAAAUGUAUAAAUGCAUUGGCUGAAAGCAGUCCACAUAUACCAACAAGGGACUCUAAGCUGACCAGAUUGCUGCGGGAUUCAUUUGGAGGCUCCUCGAGGACUUCUCUUAUAAUAACAAUUGGGCCAUCUUCACAGCAUCAUGCAGAGACAACUAGCACAAUUAUGUUUGGGCAACGGGCAAUGAAAAUAGUGAACAUGCUAAAGCUUAAAGAAGAAUUUGAUUAUGAAAGUCUAUGUCGGAAACUCGAGACUCAAUUAGAUAAUCUUACUGCAGAAAUAGAAAGGGAACAAAAGUUGAGAGAAAGUGAAAAAUAUGAAUUGGAAAAGCAGCUCAAUGAAUGUCAAGAUUCUUUUGCUCAAACAAUGAAGAAUCUAGUCACAAGGUCUGAGUUUCUAGAGAAGGAAAAUUCUCGACUGGAGUUGGAGAUGAAAGAUAUCUUAAAUGAAUUGGACAGUCAAAAGAGUCAAAAUGAAUUAAUGAGGGGUAAAAUUGAACAGUUGGAAAUGAGUUUGAAACAUAGCCAGCAGCAGCAGCAGCUGGAGAAUUCUACUUAUAAGAAAGUACUUGCUGACACCACUCAGAUGUAUGAAAAGAAAAUAUCAGAUUUAAACAGGCAGCUUGAAGACGAGCGUGCUCAUUGUAAAAGCUCAGACGAACAAUUAAAUUUGAUGAUGCAGCUCUUGAAUGAUGGUCAAAGAUCAAUUAAGCAACAUGAGGCAGAAAACUCCACGUAUCAGAAAGCACUUGCAGACAACACUCAGAUGUACGAGAAGAAAAUGGCAGAGUUAAAUAAGCAGCUAGAAGAUGAGCGUGCAUGCACUAAAAGUUUUGAGGAACAAUUAGAUAUGACAAAGAAGCUCCUAAGUGAUAGUCAAAAGUUAAAUCAGAAUCAUGAGGUGGAAAAUUCUACGUAUCAAAGAGCACUUGCAGAAACCACACAGAUGUACGAGAAGAAAAUAGUGGACCUAGUUAAGCAACUAGAGGAUGAACAUGCCCAUUUUGAAGAAGUGAAAGAACAACUCUAUCUAGCCAAGAAGCUUCUACGCGAUCAAGAAGACUCAAUUCAGGAUCUGGAAGAGACUGAAGAACUAAGGGUCAAAUUAAAAGAAAUAUAUCAACAACAUGAAAUCACUCAAACUGAACUCCAAUCUUUAAAGUCAAACAACAUAGAGUUAUUUCGUGAGAAGGCGACAUUAAAUGAAGAGGUUUGUGACCUGAAUAGAAGACUUCUAGACGAAGUGAAGCAAAGGAAGAGCAUUGAACAUGAGUUGGCCAAACUAAAGAGAAGUGAACUUGAAAGUGAUAAUAACUUUGAGGAUAAGCAAUCAUGCAUGAAAGAAAAUAUUGGUAAAGGAUCACACAAAUCAAAUCCUUCAAGGGUGAUACUAUCUAGUCAGAGGGCUACAAUUGCUAAGAUAUGUGAAGAAGUUGGACUACAGAAAAUAUUACAGUUGUUGAUGUCGGAAGACUCUGAUGUCCAAAUCCAUGCGGUGAAAGUGAUUGCCAAUCUUGCUGCAGAAGAUAUUAAUCAAGAGAGGAUUGUGGAGGAAGGAGGAUUAGAUGCAUUGCUCAUGCUGUUGAAAUCGUCAGAAAAUGCAACUAUACUUAGAGUGGCUUCUGGCGCUGUAGCUAAUUUGGCAAUGAAUGAACUGAAUCAAGGGUUAAUAGUGAGCAAAGGUGGCGCAAAACUGCUUGCAGUGACAGCAUCCAAAACAGAUGAUUCACAAACUCUUAGGAUGGUAGCUGGUGCUCUAGCUAAUUUAUGUGGAAAUGAAAGGUUGCAUAUGAUGCUUAAAGAAGAUGGAGGCAUAAAGGCCCUCUUGGAAAUGGCAAGAUCCGAGUAUAGUGAUGUCAUUGCACAAGUUGCAAGGGGGAUGGCUAAUUUUGCAAAAUGUGAAUCUCGAGGCAUACUUCAAGGACACAAAAAGAGCCGUUCACUACUAAUGGAAUAUGGUACUCUUGAGUGGUUAAUUGCUAACUCUAAAACUACUUCAGCUUCAACCAGGCGCCAUUUGGAGCUAGCUAUUUGUCAUUUGGCUCAAAAUGAGGACAAUGUCAAAGAUUUUAUUUCUGGAGGAGGUGUUAAAGAACUUGCACGAAUAUCAGCUGAAUCUAGUAGGGAUGAUAUCCGCAACCUAGCGAAGAAGACACUGAAAAUGAACCCAACUUUUCAAGCUGAGAUCCUUGGAAUGUAGCAGCAAACUGUCAAGUUUCCAUAAUUUCCUCCGAACAAUAGAAUGUUUGGUUACAAAAUCAAUAGUAAAUUCUUCAGAAUUUCUCUGAUAAUUUUUUGAAAAGCUGUCCUGGCCACAAUACAUCAUCUUCCAUUUUUCCUGGGCCAAAGAUCUAAGUUAGCCCCUCAAACUUUUACCUAGCAUGCAGUUUGAUUCAAUUAGUUCAGUUGUAUCAAUUAAGCCCUUCAGCAUUUGAAAAUUGAUUAAAAGUCAGUCGUUAAUGUACUACUAGAAGAACAACAUAUAACAAAAUGAAAUCCUCCUUGGUUGUGAAACCAAUUCAUG